AAAUGCGUUUGUUUUUGCCAUUGACUCUUGCCAUCAUCUUUGUUUUGGCAAUUAUUAACGCUCCUUCUGUGGAAUCAAGAGCUUAUGCCGGUCCAGAAGCUGAUGCACGUGCCGAUGCUGAUGCUGAAGCACUGGCUGAUGCUAAUGCUGAUGCAGAUGCAGAAGCCUUUUGGGGAGCAUUGGCAGGUGCAGCAGCGUCUCUGAUACCGACUAUCGUCAGUGCAAUAAAAAAAGGCUAACAACACAUAAUACAAGAAACUUGCAACACAAGCACAGAAGAUAUUUUAAAAUAAACGACAAAAGAAAAUAUGAAUAUAAAUGUGUAUGCACACAAUAAUUUUGGAUUUAUAAAGUUAUUUACUAACUGAAUAAACGUUUGCAUCGAUAA